AUGAAGAAGCUCAUUCUGUUUACAUUGAUCUUUGCGAUCGCUCAUUCCCUUGGAUUCCCCUCCUUUUACCAUCGUUCCUCAGAUAUUCAUGUCGAAAUCGCAUAAACCCUACAAAAGUGUGAUGGAGUCGAAUUGGAAAUGGUCAGAGAUUACCCCAAAUUGUCCAUGGUCACUCUCAACAAGAAUCAGAACAAACCAAAUAAGGGCUUUGUACUCUUCGGAGAACACGCAAGAGAAUUGAUCUCUCCAGAAACGGGUUUGCAUUUUGUCAAAAAACUCUGUAGUGAAAAUGAAGAAAUGAAAUCAAUCAAAGACAAUUACGAAUUAAGAAUGAUAGUCAACCUAAAUCCACUCUCAAGAGAGAAAGUUGAAUCUGGAGAUUUUUGUAAAAGAGAAAAUGAAAAUGGAGUCGAUUUGAAUCGAAACUACAAAUCCCAUUGGUCUAAAGAACACGACCCAGAAAUGGUAAGAACAGCUCCUGGACCCUUUGCAUUCUCAGAAGCCGAGACCCAAACAGUGAGAGAUGAACUCAAGAAAUUCUCACCCCACGUUUUCUUCUCCAUUCAUUCUGGCACCCUAGCACUCUUCACUCCCUAUGCUUAUAGCAAAGAAUAACCAUCCGAGAAUCUCUCCAACAUGAUGCAGAUCCUGACAGAAGUUAGAGAGAAACAUUGUGAGACUUGUAAAAUGGGAUCUUGUGGCCAUGAAAUUGGAUAUCUUUCACCAGGUACUUCAAUGGAUUAUGCUUAUGAUGAUUUGAAGGCAGACUAUUUAUAGUUUAUCAUUUUUAGAUUCCCUAUUCAUUCACAUUUGAAAUCUAUCACGGAGGCCUAGAUGUUAGAACCAAAAAGCAUGCCCUCAAAUUUUUAGAAGUCCAAUCCUCCCAUAACAAACAUAAAAUCACAGAAGAAGAUAAAUUAGAUUAAUUACUAAGAGACCAUUCCUGUUUUGCCACCACCUCCACAAAUGCCACCUGAUGAAUGUUUCAAAUAUUUCAAUCCAGAAGAGAAAGAAUAAUACGAUUUCUAUGUUGAAAAUUGGUCUAAAGCCAUAACAUUAUCAUUAAAUAGAGUGGCCGAAUAAAGGCAAACAUAACAAUAAGCAUGA